GGCGCGAGUGAAUCCCCGCGGUGUACCGUUGCGCCCCCUCCCGCCCUCGGCUGCGGCCGGCCAUCGUCGCCAGCCGUGCGGAUCGCCUGCUGACGCCGGCAGUCGAGCUGCGGAUGCCGUCACCAGUGGCGGCGGACACCGCGGGCGGCGGUGGCGCGCGGUGACAGUGACCGAAGAGCAGGCGACGGAGUGAUCGCCAUGGACCACGAAAACAGUGGUGACGAGAGUGGUGCCUGGGUGAGGUGACUAACCGCUGCUGUGGCGCGCGGCUCUGCCGGCGGGACCCGCCCACCAUCCGAAGACCGGUUUGUUCAGCCCCCGUCUGCUUUCACGGGCGGGAGCCCCGACCGUGUGCAGCAGCUCUUUUCCCAGCACAUACCUGUUCCCUCCAACGGGCGAGUGGACCGAUCGGCCGGCGCCGGCAAUGGAGGACGCGGUGGUGUCGGACAACCGUCCGCUGCCGUUGCGCCAGAUCGGCCAGAAGUACUGGCUGCAGGCUCUGCGCGGCCGGGUGCGGUUGGCGCCCGAGCCGGCUGGCCUCUGGCAGCUACAGCGUUACCUAUCGGCACUGCCAGCAGCGCUGCGCGCCGAGAUGCUGCACCUGGCGCUGGCGCCGUCCGACGCCGGCGACACGGACACGCGCGACCAGCUGACCAACACGGCGCUGGUGCUGCUCAGCGCCGAGGUGGUCGUCGAGCGCGCCGUCUACCUCAGCUUUCCGCGACCGGGCCAGCCGCCGCCGGCCGACCUGUGCCUCGUGCUACGCCACGGCGACGGCCUGCGCAGCCUCACCGUGUACGUGCCCGAGCCGGGCGCCGAGACCGACGUGACCGUCGAUGGCGUGCUCCACGUGCUGGAGACGCUACCGCUGCUCGAGCACGUCGGCUGCGCGCAGACGAUCGCGCUGCUUGAGCAGCUGGACGUGCCGGCGCAGUUCGGGCUGCGCGAGCUGCCCGAGUUCCAGGCGAGCGGCGGCCACUUGCGCAACUUCGCGCGGCUCUGCCCGCAGCUCAGCUCGGUCACGCUCGUCUUCCAGCAGGUGGGCGUGUCACUGCGUGACGUCACGUGCCUGCCGCAGUUGCAGCACCUCACCUUCCGCUGCAAGGACCCGUACUUGCUGACGCAAGAGGAGCUGGCGGCCACGCUCUGGCGGCAGGGCCACCAACUGCGCACGCUCGCCAUCUCUGGCGACGUGUACGAGACGCUGGACGUGGCCCUCAUCGCCGUCUACUGCCCGCACCUGGAGGUGCUCAAGCUGCCGAGCCUGACGCUGGCCGACGGCGAG